AUGUAUUCUGGUGUAAUAAAUUUUGAAGAGAUAGGAAAAAAGACUCUUGAAUUGACAAAUGUCCAAAGAAGAGCGAAAGGUUUGAAAGACCUUCAAUGGGAUUCAGAUUUGUACAAGAUUGCGGAAUCUCAUUCAAAACAGAUGGCUGACGGAACUGUUCAAUUUGGCCACCAAGGAAUCAAUGAUAGAUUCAAAAAGAUUCCAUUCCCAACCACCGUAAACACAGAGAAUGUUGCAUAUCAUGAUUAUCGACGUGACCCUGCUGAAAUGGCUUUGAAGAUUUGGAUUAAUACAGAGGGCAAUUUGAGAAAUAUGUUAGGACCAUAUACACAUGCAGGUGUUGGUGUUGCAAAGAGCAACAAAGGAGAAUACUUUUUUACACAAUUAAUAAGUUGCAAGUCACCAUAA